UAAUGUAAAGAUCUGUUAGAAGUUCUCAGAACAUUUCAGAACAGCCUGCUUUAUAUGCAUCACUCUAAUUUCUGCAGUUGAAUGCAUUCAUGGAGAAAGAAAAGAAAGGUAGGUUAUAUCCCUUUUGUUUUUGUUUGGCUGACACUCCUACUACAGUCUGGCAUGUGAGGAAAAGAAUAAUAGCAAUUUUUUUGUUUUGUUUUCCUCAUAUGACAAAUACAAACAUUCCUGAGCUCCUCCUAACUGCAUGGAAGCACCUGUAUGAAUUGCGAAAUUCAACAGAUGCUAGAGAGAAUAUAAAGCAGGAGAGAGACCUAAUGGGAACAACAGCAACACAUUAGGUGCCAGUGUACAACAUGAUCUGGAUCAUUAGCUUCUUGGCUUUGGUGGCUUCUACUCUGGGAUGUGGGGUGCGUCAAAUGGUGCCUUACCCAGCAGGUGAAAUUGCCAAAAGAUCUAUAAGGGCUGCUGGAGUUCUAUCAGGUGUUAGGGAUGUGGCAAAUGUACCAAGUGUAGUUGGGGGAGGUCCCGCAGGUAUUAUUCAUGGAAACGAGGCACACUCUUGGCCCUGGCAGGCCUCUAUCCAGACAUCCAGAGGUCAGCAUUUCUGUGGUGGUUCCCUGAUCAGCAAAAACUGGAUCCUCACUGCUGCCCACUGUUCAGUCCAGCCUGGAAAUGACUAUGUGGUCCUUGGACAGUAUGACCGUGGUUCCAAUAAUGAAGAUAUUCAAGUCAAGAAAAUUUCCAAGGUCAUCACCCAUCCUAACUACAACAAACAAACAACAAACAAUGAUGUUGCACUACUGAAAUUGUCCAGUCCAGUACAGAUGACGUCCCGUAUCUCUCCUAUAUGUCUGCCUAGCUCCUUUACCAGCAUCCGCCCUGGGACUCUUUGUGUCAUUACUGGCUGGGGCGCAACUGAAACUGUCUCAAAUCCCCGAGUUCUGCAGGAGGCCACUGUGCCGAUAGUGAGUCAAGCUCAGUGUAGGCAGUUUUGGGGUAGGAACAGUAUCACAGAUGCCAUGAUCUGUGCUGGAGCCUCUGGAGCCUCAUCUUGUCAGGGUGAUUCUGGUGGUCCUCUGAUGUGUGAGAGUUCAGGUGUUUGGUACCAAGUGGGCAUCGUUUCCUGGGGCCACAAAUCCUGCAGCACUGACCGUCCAGUAGUCUACACCCGUGUCUCUUACUUCCGCCGAUGGAUCAAUGAAAUCAUUCGACUGAACUAGAGCACCAGCUUAAGUCUCAUGCCUCAAAGUUUUGGUUUUUCUGUGUCUGAAUAUUUAUUCAUUAGUUAAACUGUGUCUUCAUAACACUGUUGCUGCUAUGAAAAUAACUGCAACUGCAUAAUUGCAACAUAAUUAUUAAAAGCACUUCAUAACUUAUAUAUCCACAAUGUUUCAUUUGAAUUACUUAUGUAUGCAUACAUACCUAUGGCUGAAUAAAUAUUAAAUAAAGCAUUUUGGGUCUUUCUGGUAAGCAUGACUGUUUGGUACAAUACACAAGAACACUAAUUUGGGUUCACUGGAAGAAAUCAAACUAAGUGGCAAGACCUUUCACCAUUUUUGAAAUGACUUUUAGUAGAUGUAUAACAUUGGUUUCGUAAUAUAAUGCUAUAGGUUUUAUAUUAAAAGUACAUAGUGUGUUAAAUUAAUUUCUCAGGAUCAAAUCCAACUAAAUCAGAAGAGCUUGUUAAGUCAUGUCUGUUUAUGCACUUCUGUAUAUUUCCAGUGUUUUUGAAAAGCUAUUCAUUACAUGUUUGCAUUGAUUGAGAAAAGACAUUGUACACUUGU